UAAUCACGUGAUUAUGCGUCAUUGAUGGAUUUUUUUCUUUUGGUUUUUUAAAAUUUUUCUUCAAUUGGUGUAAGAAAAAAAAAAUGUUAAUUUUGCCAGGUAACCCCGCGCUUUCAGACUUCAAAAAAAAAACAUUAUUAAAAAAUAUUCAAGCAUAUGUUCCAAUAGAUACAAUUACGGCAAUAUAUGUUCAUUUUAUACAGCCUCGUAAUGAAGAAUCAUUAAAAAUAUUAAAAGAUUCGAAGUCAAUAGAAAGAAAAAUUUUAGAUAAUCUGCUUAAUUAUGGAAUUAUUAAUACAACCAAUGACUCGAUUAAUAAAAUAAAAGAAUAUAUAACAUCCCCAAAACCAAUCGCUGAUCCACACAUUUUAAUUGUUAUACCAAGACCAGGUACAAUUUCGCCUUGGUCUUCUAAAGCGACAAAUAUAUCUUAUAUGUGUAAUUUAGAACAACAUGUAGAAAGAAUUGAACGCGGUGUAGCAUAUUUAUUUGGCACAAAAUUAACGGUCGAUAUGAGACAUAUUAUUUCAGAAAAACUUGUUAUGCUGGAUCAUUUAUUAUAUGAUCGAAUGACUCAAAUUAUUGUUAAUCAUCUACCAUCAUCUGAAACUAUUUUUAAACACGGUAAACCCGCACCUUUAAGAAUUAUCGAAUUAUCAAGUGAUAGUAAUGAAAAAUCUUUAGAUCAUAAAUUAGUAGCGAAAAAAAAGCUGAUUAAUGGAAAUAAACAGCUUGGAUUGGCGUUAACAGAUGAUGAAAUUGAUUAUCUAGUUGACGUUUUUGUUGGUGAUUCCGAAAAUAGUUUGGAUAGAAAUCCAACGGAUGUAGAAUUAUUUAUGUUUGCUCAAGUUAAUUCGGAACAUUGUCGGCAUAAAAUAUUUAGAGCUGAUUGGAUAAUUGAUAAUGAAAAAAAAUCGUAUUCAUUAUUUGACAUGAUUAAAAAUACUCACAAAUUAAAUCCUCAAUUCACUAUAUCGGCUUAUUCUGAUAAUGCCGCGGUACUAGAAGGAUUUAGAGCCACAAGAUUUUCUCCCAAUAGUGAUUUUAAGUAUAAUUUAUUUGAAGAAGAUGUACAUAUUGUUGCAAAAGUUGAAACUCAUAAUCAUCCAACAGCAGUUUCACCUUUUCCUGGUGCUGCAACGGGCUCUGGCGGUGAAAUUCGUGAUGAAGGAUCUGUUGGUCAAGGAUCUAAACCAAAAGCUGGGUUGACUGGAUUUAGUGUUUCAAAUCUUUUAAUUCCCGGUUACGUUCAACCUUGGGAAAUUGAUUUUGGAAAACCUUCACAUAUUGCUUCCUCAUUUGACAUCAUGAUUGAAGCGCCGUUAGGUGGCGCUGCUUAUAAUAACGAAUUUGGUCGGCCUAAUAUUACGGGUUAUUUUCGUACCUUUGCUCAGGAAGUUCCUAUGACUAAUGAGACAAAUGAAAUUCGAGGAUAUCAUAAGCCUAUAAUGAUCGCUGGUGGAUUAGGCACAAUUAGGCCCCAUCAUGUGUUUAAGAAACAAAUAACGCCAGGAGCUCAUUUAUUUGUAUUAGGCGGACCUGCUAUGUUAAUUGGACUUGGUGGUGGUGCGGCUUCUUCCAUGACAAGCGGUGCUAGUGAUGCUCGUUUAGAUUUUGGAUCAGUUCAACGUGAAAAUCCAGAAAUGCAACGUAGAUGUCAACAAGUUAUUGAUGUUUGUACAGCAUUGGGCGAUAAAAAUCCUAUUCAAUCCAUUCAUGAUGUUGGUGCUGGUGGAUUAUCUAAUGCUUUUCCCGAAAUUGUACAUGAUAGUGGAUUAGGAUGCAUAAUUCAAUUACGCGCUAUUCCAAAUGAUGACCCUGGAAUGUCACCCAUGGAAAUAUGGUGUAAUGAAGCACAAGAGAGAUACGUUUUGGCUGUAGCACAGGAUAAUAUCGAAUUAUUUGAGAAUAUUUGUAAGCGUGAAAAAUGCCUUUUUGCAGAUGUUGGGGUUGCUACAGAAAAGCAAGAGUUGAUCUUACAAGAUAGUUUGUUAAAAGCUACUCCGAUAAAUCUUCCGAUGUCAAUUUUAUUUGGAAAACCGCCAAAGAUGUUACGUGAAACGACUACUUUAAAACCACAUCGUAUACCUUUUGACAUAUCUCUAAAGAGAUAUUUAGUUGAUGUUGCAGAUCAAGGUGAAAUUUUAAAAGAUGCAAUAAACCGCGUUCUUCGACUUCCAUCAGUAGCUUCCAAAUCUUUUCUAAUCAAUAUUGGUGAUAGGACUAUCACUGGAUUGGUUGCACGAGACCAAAUGGUUGGACCGUGGCAAAUACCUGUAGCAGAUGUUGCUGUUACAAUAUCAUCGUAUGGUGUUGGAAUUAACGCGGGAGAAGCAAUGGCGAUAGGUGAACGUGCACCAAUUUCUUUAAUCUCACAUGGAGCGUCAGCACGUAUUGCUGUAGCCGAAGCAAUUACAAAUCUUGCAGCUGCAAAUAUUAAAUCUAUUUCUCGUAUACGUCUGAGUGCUAACUGGAUGUGUGCGGCGAAUCAUGAUGGUGAAGGUUCAGGUUUAUAUGAAGCUGUACAGACAAUUAGUUUGGAGCUUUGCCCAGCUUUAGGAAUUAGCAUUCCAGUUGGAAAAGAUUCAAUGUCAAUGAAAAUGAAAUGGAAAGAUGAAAAUGAUAACCGGAAAGAGAUCAUUUCUCCAUUGAGUUUGGUUAUUACGGGAUUUGCAACUGUGGUUAAUACUCAUAAAACUUUGACACCUCAAUUAAGAACUGAUAUAAUAGAAAACACAAUUCUUGUGUUUUUGGAUUUGGCGAAUGGUAAGCAAAGGAUGGGCGGAUCAGCUAUUGCACAAGUCUAUAAGCAGAUAGGCAAUGAAGUUCCAGAUGUGGAAAGUCCUAAGUUAAUUAAGUCCUUUUUUAAUGCUAUCCAGGAUGUUCGUCAGGGUGAAUAUGAAAGUAUUUUGGCAUAUCAUGACAGGUCUGAUGGCGGAUUAUUUGUUACUAUUAUUGAAAUGGCUUUCGCUGGUCAUGUUGGAAUUAGUGUAAAUAUUUCAUGUAUUUUACAAAAUAAUGAUGUUAUUGGAGCUUUGUUUAAUGAAGAACUUGGUGCUGUUAUUCAACUUAGACAAAAUGAUUUUGAAAAUGUUACCAAUGCAUUUGUUAAUUUGGGUUUCCCAAAGGAAAAUAUUUAUCAUAUUGGCGAUGUGUCUCCUGAUAAAAGUCAAGAUAUUCUGAUAAAAAAAGAUGAACAAAUUUUAUUUAAAUCGUCACGUGUUGAACUACAACGUACUUGGUCCGAAACUUCUUAUCAAAUGCAGUCAAUAAGAGAUAAUAGUAUAUGUGCAAAAGAAGAAUUUGAUAACAUAUUAGAUGUUAAUAAUCCAGGUCUACAUUUUCAAUUAACAUUUGAUCCAUCACAUGACGUUACUCUACCUUUUAUUAAGUGUCCUGAAGAAAUAAAGCCAAAGGUAGCAAUUCUUCGAGAACAAGGAAUAAAUGGACAAAUCGAAAUGGCAUACGCUUUUCAUCUGGCAGGUUUUAAAACAAUAGAUGUACAUAUGUCAGAUAUUUUAUCGGGUAAAGUUACACUUAAAGAAUUUAGAGGUAUAGCAGCGUGCGGUGGAUUCUCAUAUGGUGAUGUUCUUGGAGCAGGUUCUGGAUGGGCAAAAUCUAUAUUAUUACAUUCUAAUGCAAGAGAAGAAUUUGAGGAUUUCUUUAAAAAUCGGCAAGAUACAUUUGCAUUAGGAAUAUGCAAUGGAUGUCAAUUUAUGAGCCAAUUAAAAGAGUUAAUACCCGGUACGGAAAAUUGGCCUGUAUUUAAAAGAAAUAAAAGUGAACAAUUUGAAGCAAGAUUUAGUCUCGUUAAAAUAAUUAAAUCCGAGGAAAAGUCCCCAAAGGUUACACCUUCAAUAUUUUUAAAGGAUAUGACAGGUUCAAGACUCCCUAUAGCAGUUGCACAUGGUGAAGGUAAAGCUGAAUUUUCUAGUGAAGAACAGAUGAAAAAUUUAAUUCAACAGGGAUUGGUUGUAAUCCAAUUUAUAGAUAACUAUGGUAAUGUUACAGAAAAAUAUCCAUUUAAUCCGAAUGGAAGUCCAAUGGGAAUUACAGGUUUACAAACUCCAAAUGGUAGAGUAUUAAUUAUGAUGCCUCAUCCUGAAAGAGUUAUUAUGAAAGAAGCAAAUUCUUGGUAUCCUAUUGAGGAGGGAAAGAAAUGGGGUGAGGUUGGUCCCUGGUUAAGAAUUUUUAGAAAUGCUAGAAUUUGGGUUGGUUAAAAUAGUAAAUUUGUAAAAUACUAUAUACAGUCGAUCCCCUUUAUAGGCACCUUCCAUAUAAGAACGUGAUUUAAUGAAAUAAGUGAUAAAAUACGCGCUAUGCAGUAUGCGCACUGAUCUAGGUGUUAAGAGAGAAAAAUAUUUUUUCCAUCCAAAAUUUUUUGAAAUAUGCAAUUUUACAAAUUGCACAAUAAAAAGUUUAGAAGGUUAAAAUAACCAUAAUUCAAUCAGAUUAUCAUGUAUUUACCACCUGAAAAUCCAAUCACUAGAACAAACU